AUGACUGCCCAAGAAAAGCUUAUAGUGACUUCAAAGUCAGUAAGAUCAACUGCAAUAAAACUUGUCAUCCCCUUGUUGAUGGUUCAGGUAAUGCUGGUAGGAAAUGUUUUGUGUGGGCAUGUGCUUAUUUGGCCAACAGAUGCCAGCCAUUGGCUAAAUAUUAAAAUAAUAAUUCAGGAACUGAUAAACAGAGAUCAUCAUGUCAGCAUCCUGAUUCCAACAACAUCUCUCUUCAUCACACCUGGAGAUAUUUCAGCUGCCAAUUUUGAAGUAUAUUCUGUUCCCUUUACAAAGGAAGAGUUUAAUUCUUUGAUCACGGAUUUCAUAAUGUUAUGGUGGAAUAACAAACCAUCUAUUACAACCUUUUAUAGAUUUUAUCAGGAACUAGGGAAAUUGAUGGAGAAAGUAAAUAAAUUCAAUCGGAAAAUGUGUGAAGCAGUUUUAGCUAAUCAAGAACUCAUGUCUAAGCUGAAGAACGCUAAAUAUGAUGUGCUUCUUUCUGAUCCUGUGAUGCAAUGUGGUGAUUUGAUUGCUUUGAAGCUGAACAUCCCAUUCUUAUAUACGCUGAGGUUCUCUCCAGCCUCAACAGUGGAGAGACAUUGUGGAAAAAUGCCUGCCCCUCCUUCUUAUGUUCCAGCUAUUUUAUCUGGGUUCACAGACAAAUUGUCAUUUGAAGAAAGGAUAAAAAAUAUUAUCUCUUACUACAUUCAAGACUAUAUUUUCCAAAAAUAUUGGGGGGAAUGGGAUUCCUAUUACAGUCAAGUUUUGGGGAGACCCACAACACUGUGUGAAAUAAUGGGUAAAGCAGAAAUAUGGUUAAUCCGAAGCUACUGGGAUUUGGAAUUUCCACGACCUUUUCUACCAAACUUUGAAUUUGUUGGAGGUCUGCACUGCCAGCCAGCCAAGCCUUUAUCUGAGGAAAUUGAAAAUUUUGUACAGAGUUCAGGUGAACAUGGUAUUGUAGUAUUUUCCCUUGGUUCACUGGUUCAAAACUUAACAGAUGAAAAAAAUAAUAUAAUUGCAUCAGCACUCAGCCAGCUUCCACAGAAGGUUAUCUGGAGGUAUAAAGGGAAAAAGCUAGAAAUGCUUGGAGCCAAUACCAGGACCUAUGAUUGGAUACCACAAAAUGAUCUUCUUGGCCAUCCAAAGACCAAAGCAUUUAUAACACAUGGUGGAACCAAUGGAAUUUAUGAAGCCAUUUACCAUGCAAUUCCCAUAGUAGGGAUUCCCCUAUUUGCAGAUCAGGCUGAUAAUAUUAUCCAUAUGAAGGUGAAAGGAAUGGCUGUGGAACUAGAUAUCCACACAAUGAAAGCAGAUGAUUUAGUAAAUGCUGUGAAUACUGUCAUUCAUAAUGAUUUUUUUAAGAAAAAUGCUUUUAAAAUAUCUCAGGUCCAUCAUGAUCAACCGAUAAAGCCGCUGGACCGGGCUGUCUUUUGGAUUGAAUUUGUCAUACGUCACAAAGGUGCCAAACAUUUGCGAGUAGCUGCCUAUCACUUGACUUGGUAUCAGUAUCACUGUCUGGAUGUCAUAGCCUUCUUGAUUGGCUGCACAGUAGUUUUUGUAUUCAUCGCUUUUAAAUGCUGUUCAUAUUGCUUUGGGAAAUGUGGCAACAUUUUACAAAAAUCAAAAACAGAUUAA